AUGAGUUCCAGCUCUGAUGAUGUGGCAUUUAAUACGACGAGAUUCAUCCAUCGUUUUCUGAUGAGAUCAACUUACGAAUCCCUUCUCCAUGCAUUUUCCAUUUCGAGUGAAAGAGAUUCUGAGCUCGAUUCCACCAGAAGACGACGGCGGAUUCCUUUUGACCAGCUGUCGAUUGGCUUUACUGGAGCAUUCAUGGUUUCCGGUGAAAUGAUGCAAAGUUUAGUCUGUCAUACAACGAACAUCAUCAAAGCAAGCUUGAAUUUAAUUGUGAAGAUGAUAUCUUGCUCUGAUGAUGUUCGUCAUGUGACCGGAAUUGAAGGAGAUUGUCUCGGAAACAGCGUCAACAUGAAUGUUCCAGUAAAACCAAUCGACAGCUGGUCAAGAGGAAUCAGCCGCCGUCUUCCGAUGGGAUCGGCCGUCGAAUCUCUUCACCGCACACUUUUACUCGACAUGGAAAUAAGCUCAAGAAUCCUGAAGCCAUUGCCGCCAAUCGAGUACGAUCGCAAUGACGAACAGAUGACCAUCGAUAGGGCCAUAGAGGAGCGUCUGCUUGCUGUUGGCGUCUUCCUGCCAGCAGAGAUGGAGGAUGUCGACGACUCGGCUUCGAAGAGACGUUCUGCAAAUCGCUCUUUUGCAGAUGCCAUGCCACGUCGGUUAUCCGGUACUUAUAGGCUCAGGUCUGACGAGCAUGAUGAUACCGUCUGGAAGGCAGUCGAGCCGAAUGAUCGUCUAAAAACCAAUCGGUCUUUUGCUGUCGAGGGUAGCCGUACUUUGAGCAGCAGAGACAAAGUGACAUGCUCUCCUGUCGAGGCAGUCUUUCCAACCAGUAUGGAGCCUACACGAAAGAUUUUCCUCACCGAGGUGGGUCUUUACGGUUUCAAGAAUGGGAUAUUGACAUUCGGUAGAAAAUUGUCAACUCCAAGCACACUCAUGAGGCUCUCAUCCGAAUCGCUUCAGCCCCUUACACGCUGUUCAACAGACUUUUGUGCGGCAAUGUCACAUGCUGAAGUCUUAUAA